AUGAAAUUUCCUGUUGGAAUUAAUAAAAAUACGUACAUAACUUACAAGAGUAAGGAAAACUUAGAGAAGGAUCGAAAAAUAAAGUCAGAAGUUUUUGAUUGGGAUUCUAGACACCCAAAAAGUCUUGCAGAAAUGUGUGUAGAAAAAUUAAGCUUAAAUUGGAUGGGUGAACCUAAAUUAGAGGAUCUUGUUGCUAAGGACAGAGAACACUUUCUGCAAAUAUUAGAUACAGAUAUACCACUACAAAUUCUAGUUGAUAACAUUCAAAGUGAUAUUUUUUGGAAAAAAUGCUACGUCUCUAAAUGGUCUGAUAUUCCAAUAGAAAUAAAUGAUAAAUCUUGGAUUACUAUUUUCAUGGAGCGAUAUUAUGCAGACUUUUUAGAACAGUUGAAUCCAAGACAGUACGAUCCGGAAAAAGUACGCAAUUUAGUAAAACUGUGUGGACCAUUCAUACACACCUUGUCUAUACGAAGUUUAGUCCCUUCAGAUUUAGAUGAUCAGCGAAACAUAUCUCCAGAAAUGGCUGGUUUAAUAUCUGGCCAAAGACAAGACAUGAGUAAAAUAAAUAGUAAAACGAUUGAAACUAUGCCAAGAGGUCCUGUGGGAAUUGAAUAUAUAUCACAAGUUCUGAACCAUACCAGCUGUGGACUAAGGAUAUUAGACUUAAGACUGAAUAAUAAACUUGGAUCAGAAGGAAUAGCUCAAUUAGCUGUUGCUAUAGCAAGAGGGUGUAAUCUGAUUUCAUUAAAUAUUUCAGGUUGUGGUAUAAAACCUCAUGCGUUGUUAAAACCUCCAGCAGGUGUAUGGUCUGCUAUUAAUGCUGAUAAUCCACCAACGUGUGGAGAUCUACUAGCUAGAGCAAUCGGCUUAGUGAAAACGCCCUUGAGAUCUUUAGAUAUAAGCAUUAAUAACAUUGGAACGCCCAGUGACAACGCCUUAUCAAACGCAAUUUGUUUGAGUUACCUAGUUGACAUUAACUUAAAGAGAUCCGGUAUGGGAUCUAUGGCUAUGGCAAUUGCUGAAUCAGCAGCAGCAGCUCAAAGAUUGCGGAGGGAGGCAGAAAAAGGAAUCCGUUUUAGGCGAAGUGCUGGACGACUAGUUCAGGCUCGGAGAGUUGUUAAAGGAAUGAAUAUUGAUGCUGAUCCAUUGCUACUAGCUCAACAGUUGUCUGCUCGGCCCUCUAUAGUAUCCGUUGCUUCUGAAGAGGGAGUCUUUAAUAUUCAAACUCAACCUCUUUCAACAGACUUCAGUUUUGUACCUUCGCAAAAAAGUCCUCGACGAUCAUCGCGUGAAUCAUCAAUUACUGGUUUAUCGACAUCAAGGAGAUCUAGUCAUCACACUAUAUUUGAACCGGCACAAGUAAUGCAAAAUACAUUUAAAACUUAG